UAUACUGCUGUACAAAAUAUUGAUUUAAGAAAUCCAAAUGGAUUCGAAGUUUGUUGUCAAGGUUCCGAAUGUAAAGAUGAUAGUUUAUGGGUACCAGCAACUAUAUCUAGUAAAUAUUCUUUGACAAUUACAUUAACAAUAUCAAGUUCAUGUGUCGGAAAGCAACUAUUUGGUCUUCGUUAUUUAUGGCGUGAAACACCAUGUCCAUUUAAACAAGCCGCUCUUUAUAGUUAUACAGAUCCAAAUUUACCAUCACCACCCUAUAUAAAAUAUUUCUAA